AUGGUGAAAAUCAGCUGCGCGGCGAUAAACGGCGUUAAAGCCAAGAAAGAGGAGCGCGAGGAACCGGAGCACAUCUACAGCCCACCGCAGCACGUGGGCGUGUCCCGGCGCUCGUCUCUGAGUGGUCUUUGCUGUUUACUGAUCGCUCUCAUCAUCAGUACCUGCAGCCUGGUGUACGCCUCCAUCUACAUCUACCGUUAUUAUAUCAUCCCUCAGGCAGAUGAGUCUCAGUUCCGGUGCAGUGUGUAUUAUGAAGACACUCAGAAGGCACCUCAGCACAAUCGAGAAGAGCUACAUGAGAACAUCAACAUCAACCUGCAGAACAACUACGAAAGAAUCAGCAUCAACGCUGGCAACACAAACCCAUACACACGCCCUGCCACCAUCAUCCAUGACUUCAACAAGGGUCUGACUGCAUAUCAUGACAUCACUAUGGAUAAGUGUUACAUCAGCAUGUUGAACAGCAGCAUUGUUCUGCCACCAAGGAACCUGUGGAAACUCCUCAUCAAUGUCAAACUGAGAACCGGCAACGAGGCGUCUCUCCCUCAGACGUACCUGGUUCAGGAGGAGAUGGUGGUGUCUGAGCAGGUGAUGAACACACAUGUGUUUGGUGAGUUUAUCCACAGACUGUGUGAGGGAAAACCAACAUAUCAGAUCAGACGCCGCCUCACACGCCGCCGUAUUGCCAAGCGGGAGGAGCAGAUCUGUCACUCGAUCCGACACUUUGAGAACAAGUUUGUAAUGGAUACGCUGAUUUGUGAUGUGCCCUGAAUCUUAACUUCCACCUCACAUGACUCUCAUUUCCUAUCUUAAUGAUUAGUUUAUUUAUUUCAUGCUUUAAUUGAUUUCUUGAUAACAGUGCUUCCAUUAAUCACCCAGUAGCACUGUGUGUGUGUGCGUGCGUGUGUGUAAUAUGAAGUAUAUGUUCAUCUGCACAUUGAACCACAUUUUAAAAUAGCAUUAGUUGACUAAAAGUAAUAAUGGCAAUUAUUGAAAACACAUUUGACUCUCCCACAUGUACAGGGAAGUGCAGUAAUGGUAGCUUACCAUGUGGUGAACAUGAUUAUCACUGUAUGUUGUAUAAUGGAUUAUUAGCAUAGGACCAGUUAUUUCCUUGUCUAACCCUUGACUAUGCACUUGUCCAGUCCAUGUAGCACUUAAUACCCUGUAACUGUGUUCAUUUAUCUGUAUCAACAUUUUCACUGAUUGUUGUUUCUAUAGCUGGAAUAUUUAGUUUGUCUUUACAUUGCAUGAAUCUCUACACAUU